AUGACGGAAAGUCACCGGCAAAAUUCACCCAUUUCUCCGUUUCUCCGCUGUGCACAUACGAUACACAGACUCGACAAUCUCUCCGCCCUGUCCCAUCUUAUGCUCCACGCUGCUCACCCCCGCACAACCAAUAGGCAACCGUCCCACUCGCUCGCCGCCAGGUGUCGGAAUCCAAGACUCUUCAGCAUCUCCGCAGCGCUGAUCCGCUAUUCACAUCGGCCAUUCGACUCCUCUAUUCCGACUCACCCGUCACUUUCAAGGUUCUCGAGCAAAUCGAAGGUGGUUCGGACGUUCUCAGGCUGUGAAAUUGUUAGGGAAAAGCUUUCCUAUUUGUCGCCAAUAUCGGAACGACCAAAAUCAGAAUCUUUCUUACAAAGGCUGAGGCUCAAAGUUGCAUGUUAUUCUUCACCAGCCAUAUGA